AUGGAAGAGCAAGAAGAAUUAUUAGGAGGCAAUGGUGCGGGCAUUAGAGUUUCAGCAUUCGAUUAUUCCAUCGAGAAUCACUUUCAAGCAAUGGACAUGAUUUCUAAGCUUUGUGGAGAAACAGAGACUGAUUCUGUAGAAGAAACUGAAAUUCAGUGCUACAAGUCCUCAAUCACUUUUUUAAGUGAAUGGAAGCAUUAUAAGUACGACCCGAGAAUAAUUAGGUUUGCUAGUGAAACGGAUAAUUCUCAGGAGAAAUGUGUUCUCAGUGGGAUAAAUCUACCGCAGUUCUCAUCUGCAACUGUUCCUAAGGAGAGGCCAGAUAGGGGUGCCACUUCUCUUGAAUCCAGCAAAGACUUUGUGAUGUAUGUUGGAGGGUCUGUUUGGGCAUUGGACUGGUGUCCUAGAGUUCAUGAAAGGCCUGAGAAUCAUAUUAAACGUGAGAUAGGUGUUCCACUUACUGGCAGAGGCAUCAUCCAGAUAUGGUGUGUUUUAAACGUUAGUGGGAAUGAGGAGGCACCUCCGAUGAAGAAACCAAAACUGGUAGCUCGAUACAAUGGAUCCAAGAUGGACAAAUCAGUUGAAUUAAAUAGGCCAAAAGGAAGACCUAGAAAAAUCCAGCAGAAGAAUCAUCCAGCUUUAAUUAAGAGGCCAAAAGGAAGACCCAGAAAAACGCCAACGGAAGAAUCACCCAGUAAUGAAGGCACAGAGGAGAUUUUAGCUCUAGUUAAGAGGCCAAAAGGAAGACCUAGAAAACAGCCAACAGAAGAAUCACCCAGUAAUGAAGCCACAAAGGAGAUUUUACCUCAGGGUAAGAGGCCAAGAGGACGACCUAAAAAGAACCCAACAAAUGAAUCUCUUGAUAAUUUGGAUAGCAGUAACCAAUACGUCCAAGCUCUCGCUGUUGAAUACCCACAAGAUUCACCUGGACUGCUUGCUAUAGAAGGGAUUUCUCAAAACAGCCAAGAUGAGGCCAGAAAAAUAUCCAAGGUGGAAGAAAGAAAAAAUUUCGUGAAAAAGCUAUCUGCUUGUAAUUCAAAUCUUAAAACUACUGCACAAAGUAGAAGAUUGAAAAGUAAGGCAAGGAAAGGAAGUAAUUCUGAUGAUGUUGCAUGUCCACUGUUAUUGACUAGUAAUGAAAAUGAUAAUGUUUCUUUGGAUAUCAACUCUACUUCUUCGACUGUAAACUACCAAACACAUGAGAAUUCUGGACUCGAUACUGCAAUGCCAGCUUAUGGUUCUGAUAAUGUUUCUUUGGAUAUCAACUCUACUUCUUCCAUUCCAAAGGAUGCUGAUUUGCCAAGGGUUGUAUUGUGCCUAGCUCACAAUGGAAAAGUUGCAUGGGAUGUCAAAUGGCGGCCUUGUAAUGUAUCUGAUUCCAAAUUCCACCAUCGCAUGGGCUAUCUAGCUGUCUUGCUAGGAAAUGGAUCUUUGGUUGUGUAA